UGCCCAAUGUCUGCCCAGUAGGCGGAGUUCCAGCCCGCCGGAGGUUCCAAGAUGGCGGCGGGUGCGUGAGGCGUGAUACUCCGCGCGCGAUUCCCCCUUGCUGGCGCUUGCCGCCAUGAAGACCAAGGAGCGCUCGCCUGCCAAGGCCAAACGGUCCCGCGGUGGCGAGGAUUCUUCUUCGGCGCGGACCGAGCGGAGCAGUAAGAAGCCCAGCAACGGCGGUGGGAAAUCUGCGGGCGGCGGCUCGGGCGAGGGCGGCGGCGGCAGUAGUCGGCGGAGCCUUCAUCUGGAAAAAGCGAACCGGGCCAGCAGCCGUGAAUAUGAAACGACCGCGGUGGGAGGCUCUGGGAGCGGCCGCCACGGCUACAGCGGGAGCAACAGCAGCGGCAAAAACGCGGAGUCUUCCUCCUCGCGCGGCAGCAGCGGCCGCGGCGUCGAUUCCCGCGCGCCGCCCUCCGACUCGGCCGGCAGCAGUGAGUACAAGACGCUAAAGAUCAGCGAGCUGGGCUCGGCGCUGAGCGACGAGGCGAUCGAAGACGGCCUCUUCCACGAGUUCAAGCGCUUCGGAGACGUCAGCGUCAAGAUCAGCCGCCUGCCCCCGGGCAGCGGGUCCGGCGACGAGCGGGUGGCCUUUGUCAAUUUCCGCCGCCCUGAGGAUGCCCGGGCUGCUAAGCAUGCUCGCGGCCGCUUGGUCCUCUACCAUCGGCCGCUGAAGAUCGAGGCGGUUUAUGUAGGGGGCAGCAGCGGAGGGGGAAGCAGCCGGCGACGGGGCAGUCGUUCCCCAGCGCUUUUGGAUAAGGAGUCUCCCUAUGGGGCCUCAGCAGUGGGGGUGGCCGGGACAUCUCCUGCCACUAUCAGGCACCCUGCAACUGGCGCCACCCAGAGGGCCCUCUCUCCUGCUGGCGGUGGAGCAGGCUUAGGGUACAGAGACUUCCGAUUGCAGCAGCUUGCCCUUGGUCGGCUGCCCCCGCCGCCUCUCCCCCGGGAGCUGGAAAGAGAACGAGACUACAGCGGUUUCUAUGAUCGGGUGAGGCCCGCGUACAGCCUGGAUCGAGUGGCUGGAGUGGCGGCCGCUGCGUUUCGUGGCGUUGGUGCAGGCACGGCCACUGAAGAAGAGAUUAGUCCCGAAGAUGACCAGAGAGCUAACCGCACUCUGUUUCUGGGUAAUUUGGAUAUAUCGGUUACAGAGUCAGACCUUCGUAGGGCUUUUGAUCGCUUUGGGGUUAUCACUGAAGUGGAUAUUAAGAGGCCAAGCCGGGGUCAAACUAGUACGUAUGGAUUUCUUAAGUUUGAGAACUUGGAUAUGGCCCAUCGGGCUAAGCUUGCCAUGUCUGGUAAAGUGCUGUUGCGUAAUCCUAUUAAAAUUGGCUAUGGUAAAGCAACCCCCACCACGAGACUCUGGGUGGGUGGUCUGGGACCCUGGGUACCAUUGGCUGCUCUUGCCAGGGAGUUUGAUCGCUUUGGUACUAUUCGUACCAUUGAUUAUCGUAAAGGUGACUCAUGGGCCUACAUCCAGUAUGAGAGUUUGGAUGCUGCACAAGCUGCUUGUACCCAUAUGCGCGGCUUUCCUUUGGGUGGGCCAGACCGUCGCCUGCGUGUGGACUUUGCCGACACUGAGCAUCGGUAUCAACAGCCCUAUUUGCAGCCCUUGCCACUUCCACCCCCUGCUCACUAUGAGCUGGUAGCAGAAACAUCAGCUUUUGGAGCACACCGUGGAGCCCCACCAGAUCCACUCCGAGGUGCUCGGGACAGAACACCACCACUGCUCUAUGGUGACCGUGACAGAGACUUAUAUGCUGAAACAGAAUGGGCACCUCCUCCACCUCCAGUUCGGGACCGAGGCAACCGAGCAACUGUGUAUGAUGCACUUGAAAGUCUGGAACGGCGUCGAGAUGGUUGGUCUCUAGAAAGAACUCGUGGGGAAAGAGAGCUUGGUAGUAGUAGAGACCCACCUAGGAAGCGAAGGCUAGUGGAGGAUGGGGGUCGACAUUUGGACCGAUCGCCAGAUAGUGAACGUUCAUCUUCAUCCCGUAAGCGUCACUGCCCUGCUAUAGCAUCUCCUCAAGAUCGUAGUCCUGAAACAAGCUUAAUCAGAGACCGCUAUAAUACUGAUGCUGAUCGGCCCUCUUCUCGCUUACUCUUGUUGGAUCGUCCUUCACCAAUCAGAGAGCCACGUAAGGGGAGUUUGGAGAGAGGCCAGAGUGAGAAACGGGAACAUAAGAGCCUGGUGGAAAAAGAAAGAAAACAUCGCACACUUGCGUCAGCUGCCAUCCAAGAGUGCAAGAGUCCAGCUAAAAAGGAUGAGCAUACUUCUGAAGGGAACAGUAGCAGUGGAUCUCGGCUGAAACCACCCCAAAAACAGCAACAGCAGGAUGGAACCUCAAAGUCGGGAUCAUCUACCAAACUCUGCCUAGCCUGGCAAGGGAUGCUUCUGUUGAAGAACAGCAACUUCCCAUCAAACAUGCACCUACUUCAAGGUGACCUCAGCGUAGCUAGCAAUCUGCUGGUGGAAGGAACAACUGGUGGCAAAGUGGCCCAACUAAAGAUCACGCAGCGUCUUCGUUUGGACCAGCCCAAGUUGGAUGAAGUUACCCGCCGUAUCAAAGUAGCAGGACCCAAUGGAUAUGCUAUUCUCCUUGCUGUGCCUGGUACCACAGACAACCGAGCCUCAUCUGGGGCUGGUGAAGCUAAUACCACCUCUACCCAGCGGCCAUUAAGAAACCUGGUGUCCUAUCUUAAACAAAAACAGGCAGCUGGAGUGAUAAGCCUCCCAGUAGGAGGCAACAAAGACAAAGAAAACAGUGGGGUCUUGCAUGCUUUCCCCCCCUGUGAUUUUUCUCAGCAGUUCCUGGAUUCUACAGCAAAGGCCCUGGCUAAAUCAGAGGAUGACUUUUUGGUCAUGAUCAUUGUUCGUGGUGCAUCUUAAAAUCCUAAUGCUUUCUGUGCUUAUCCUGCUUCAUACAAUUCCCCUUCUUCCAGUGUCUGCCAGGAUAACAGCAGUGCAAUUAUUCAUUUGAGCCAACCUCCAAGACUUCAGGAUAGCAAAAGUUAAGUUUUGUGACACAUCUGUAUGCAGAUAAAGAGGAUUGUGAUCUUUUGUAUAUGGUAUUAUGAAGCCUUAGGGCAAUGUAUAUUUGAAUGCUCACAUGUUCAGAAAUUUGUUUCCAGAGAUAACAUUAGGAUGGAGAAUGUGUUUUUUCCUGAGAGUCACUUUAUACCACUUUUGGGGGAGAUGGAUAGGAAAAUCUUAACUGGCAUGUUGUCUUUAGGAUUUAAAUUCUAUAAUUGGAAACUUAAUGGGUUCCCCCUCCCCUUAAAGUUAACCAGGAGUUAACCAAUUUGAUACUUCAUCAUACAUGGUUGGCUGUCAGUGGAGUAUCAAUUUAAGGCUACUUCAUUUACCAAGAUCCACUUUUGUGUUUAUAUAAUUGGCUCCCAAUUUGGAUUAUCUAAAUUUGGAACACUGGGAGCCAAUUUUAACAUUUUUAAAGCCAAUAUAUUUAGCAUGGGUCUUUUCUUCCCAAGAUAUAUAAGGGGAAAAGAAGAAAUCUUCCUUAGGAAUUUCAACAAGUCAUAGGAGUUUGACUACAUUUUAAGAGUAAAAGAAUGUAGGAAUACAUCUGAAUUGGAUAAAAAUGGAAAAGUUAAGGGUAGCCACUUAAGCAUACAAAAGAAUAAUCCAUAUAGGGUACCCAAGUGAAUGGCUUGCAAAAUUGUAAAGUAAUUUGAUGUGUUAAUUUCCUUGCCUUCGGUUUUUUCCCUAUAGAAUAAACAAUAUUAGCUGCUCCAGAUGUGUCACUGAAGAUAAACAUUUCCCUUUACGUUAUCCAAACUAAAGUAUUUUGGAACAACUAGAAAAAUGCACACAGAUGUGGGAUGAAGAGAAUCGGACGCAUAUUUUAGCUAGUUUUCUCCAGUAAGUAAUGAGUCUGUAGUUGGAGAUAACAUAGCAAUAUGAAUACUUACAAACAGAACACUAAAUUUCAUGUUCUUGUUUGACUUUUUGAAAGUGAGAGAAAUUGUGUGAAUUGUGAAAAUUCAGUUGAUUUUUCUCUGUAUGUUUUUUUUUACUAGUACAACUGAUUUUUUUUUUCAAUCUCUACCUUAUAUUUUAACUCCCUGAACUACUAUUUGUGCAUUUAUAUACAGAUGUUAAUUCAUUUCAAAAGCUUUGUGCCAGUGAAGGGUGAUUGGUGCUUUCAGACAUUACCUAGAACAUUAAUAGCCUUGUAGUUUGAACAGUUAUCUUUAUAUGUAGGGGGAAGACAGAUCUCUUGUAAACAUUUGUACUGAAUAACCUCUUCUUUCCUCCUGAAAGCAAGGCUAGUGAAGUGCUGAAGACCACAAGCGAUUCCAAACUCUAAUGGACCUUUGCGAAGAAAACGUUGGCUUAUGUGGAAUUUACAUGGGCCUCAUGGAAGAAAGCUUAUCUGUUUAGUAUUUGUGCAUUUUACUAAAAUGGCAGCUUAAAAAGUUGUGUAUCUGCUAUUUGUGAUGCCAAUGCCCAUGUUUUAAAGUGGAAAAUUGACCUCUUUGCUUUGUGCUGUGUACACAAGAUUUCUGCAAAAGUAAAGGAAAAAAAACCCUUUUUAUGGCUCACACAGCUUAAAAUAGCUGUCACUCAAAACAUGCGCUCACAGUCGAGCUGAUUUUGUUUCAUUCUAAAUAAAUUGUUUCUUUUGAGGAAAGUG